GGUCCCGACCCUCCACUCUCUAUCUAGGUAAUGCAAGGUUCCUGUGUCCUCCUCGCACAAAGGCUCGAGCUCUCCCACCGACUUGGCUAUCGCUUACGCCCUCAGUCAUGUCCUCAUCAUGUACACAGACAAAUUACUCGGCCCAAAAUUCCACUUCUAGAUCAAUUCGCCAGAAGUUGUGAUGCAGACCAGCCGCCUAGUAACUACGUCGCGACUCGGUCACAACAUGCAAUAGGUCUAUAUGCUCAAUGAAAUUUGGGGGCACGUUCGGGAAAAAGAAGAGUAGACAGAGAGACCUGGAUUCAAUCGAGUUAAUCAUUCAGUGUUGUGGCGUGGAAAACAUAUUUUCAAGAUCUCGAAGCCUUCCAACGACUCGGAGGUUGAACAUGGAUAGGUAAUAGGAGAGAGGAGUCGCUCCAGCACGAACUUAUCUGCGUGUGAGGAGGAGGACAGAAGGCUUGUAAUCGAAGACUACUGUACCGUGAUUCGUGGCUUAGGCCAACUCGACUAUGGUAAUGAGACAGACGUGUUCGUAUGUGCUGUUGCACAAGUCGUCAGGAGCUGGAGAAGAGGCAAGGUAAGUUGAUCUGUCUGCGUACUAACGUCGUGUCGAUCAGUUGUCUCUCGAACGGAAUACAGUGCAGUACCCGGAGAAGAAGCCAGACAGAUUGCGGGCUUACAUCUAUUCGCUCUCUCCGGUCGAAAGACAGGUCGGACCGAGAUCAUGUUCC